CCCCCCCCCCCGAGGCUGUGCAUGUGUCCGCCAGCGUGAAGGCCAAACCCCGUUUGCACGUCGCCGGGACCGGGGUUUGUUUGUGUUUAUAUUUUAAACACUCGGCUCAGCCGCGUCACGCCCUCGACCUCCUCCCUCACUCCCUCACUCCCUCCCUCCCUCUCUCGCUCCGGAUGGAUGGGAAGCUGCUGCCGGUCCCUGGCAUGACGCUGCCGCCCGAGUAUUUCCAGCAAUGGCUCGACACCGUCCAGCAGCACCGAGCCCUGCAACCCCCUCACGAGCAGCGACCGCCGGGGCCCGAGCUCGGCAGCAUGGAGGAGGCGACUGCCCCGCCAGACGCACCAGUGGCUCCAAAAGCUAAGCGAGGAAGGCCUCCAAAAUCACAGCAAAAAAAAUCGGCAGGCCCAGGCCCUAAACGAGCCAAAGCUGAGGGGAAGUCGGGAGGAAAACAAGAAAAAAUCACAAAUGCUUUUAAAACUGUGAAAAGAAAAGUCAAUCGAUUCAAUGGGACAACAGAGGCUGAGCUUCUUACCAAAACACUGCCAGAUAUUUUAACGUACGAUUUGGAUAUUGUAAUUAUUGGAAUUAAUCCUGGACUAAUGGCAGCUUACAAAGGACAUCAUUACCCUGGACCAGGGAAUCACUUCUGGAAAUGCUUAUUUUUGUCAGGUCUUGUUGACAAGCCUUUAAAUCAUAUGGAUGAUAAUUCUUUACCAGAGAAAUAUGGAAUAGGUUUUACCAACAUGGUGGAGAGAACAACUCCAGGAAGCAAAGAUCUUUCAAGUAAAGAGAUUCGUGAAGGAGGGAAAAUACUUCUGCAAAAACUUCAAAAAUUUAAACCGCUGAUUGCUGUUUUUAAUGGAAAAUGCAUUUAUGAAAAUUUUAGCAAAGAAGUAUUUGGAGUUAAGGUCAAAAAAUUGGAUUUUGGGCAGCAGCCGCACAAGAUCCCUGAAGGAGAAACAGUGGUCUUUGUCAUGCCUUCUUCUAGUGCACGAUGUGCACAGUUUCCCCGAGCCCAGGACAAGGUACAUUACUAUAUCAAAUUAAAGGAAUUGCGGAAUCACUUGAGAGGCGUUAAAGCUCACACAGAGGUGCAAGAAGUUGAAUAUUCAUUUGAUCUGAAAAAAGCUCAAGAGGAUGCCAAAAGGAUGGCAGAAGAGGAAAAAUAUGAUCCUGGUUAUGAAGCUGCUUAUGGAGGCAAAUAUCUUGACAAAUCCAAUGAGAGUAAUGGCCAGUGUAAUUUCUCAACAACUGACCCAGCCGCAGCCACUAAUUCAGAGUUCAGUGCUGGCUCAACAUUUUGCCAGGUUCCUGAUGGACAAUGGAUGACUCAGUGUUUUGCAGAUCAGAUUCCCUCAAUCAAUUACUCUGCACAACCGCAAGCCGAAAAUAGUACAUAAUGUGUUUACAACUUUGUAGAACUGUGUUUUCAUGCAGUCUUAAAGUAUUGUACCUCAGUUUCUGAACUGAAGCAAUUUAUGUGAUAGCUUUUUUUGAUAUGUUUUAAUUGUAGAAUUGUGUAAAGAUAAUUAUGUAGUAGAGUUCAGAAAGUUUUGAGUUCUGAAACUUUUAGAAUGAAACCAUGUCAAAUAUUUAUAGGUCUUUUUUGGAGGGCGUUGGCAGGAAUAGGUUUUUUUGUUUCAAACAAAUUUUAUACUCUGGUCAGGUGCUUAUCUUAUUCCUGUAAUUUUGGAAGUUAAUUGGAUUGCAGUUUUUUAAGAGCUAAUUUUCGUAAUAAGACAUGCUUUCCGCUUAAGUACCUGUAUUUAUUAUUGUAGGAGGGAUAUGCAGAUAUCAUUUGCCAUUGGGUCCAGUGACGGUAUAUAGACCCGGCCACUGCCUUUUAUAGUUAUUGGUGCUCGAUCUACAUGUAAAUGAGAGUAUUGUUUUUCUUUUUAUGUGAGUCACAGAGCAAAAGUUGUAAUUCUGCAUCUGGAUACUGAUAUCAUAUGUAGGAGGGCAAAGGUCACUCCUGGAAAACAAAACUUGCACAACGGUUUUAACAAUAAAAAUGGAAGGGUUUAUU